AUGCUUGUCAUCAUUGUCAUUGUCAUGCUGACUUGCAUGCAACAAUGUCAUCAUCAACGUCAACAUCAUCACACCAUUCAUUUAUACUAUUUUUUGUAUUCGUUACUUUUAAUACAAUGUAUUUCAUAUACACAACAACAAAAUAUCAAACCACUAUUACACCAACAACAACAGCAACACCAGCCCGCCGCCAACGAGGACAAAACAUUAAACUCAAAAUGGAAAAAUCAUUAUGCAGCAGGCACUCAACCACAGAUCAUGACUGUGACCACAGAACAUCAACAACAUCGUCAGUUAGCUCAACCAGAUCUAGACGAAGAAAACUAUACAGAUGACAAUGAAUUGAGCUUUAAUCGAGGAUAUAAAGCUCAUUAUGAUUAUGCCACUGCUAGACAGCAGAGUAAAUCAAAUUCUCAAACUAAUAAUUAUAAUGUUAAUAAUAAUUUAAAUUUAAAAUUAAAUAAUAAUAAUGAUGAAAGUGAGGAGGAGCAGGAUGUUGAAGAGGAGGAGGAAGAUGAUGAUGAAGAGUAUGAUCACAAACAUAAAGUGGAUCAUGUAAAUAAAGAAAAAUGUGCCAAAAAUUGUAAACAAAACCAAAAUAUUUCCCCAGAUUUAAAACUAACCACAGAAACUAAUUAUAAUAAUAAUAAAAAAUACAACAAAAAUAUUCAUAAAAAUAAACACAACAACUACUAUACACCUAUGUCUUCUGCUUCUUUAACUUACCAUGAUGCUAAUGAGGAGAAACUAAAUGAGGCUCUAAAAGUUGUUACUGACGACAAUGACGAGGAAGAGGAGGAGGAGGAUGAGUCUACCACUAAAACAAUUUCAACUUCAACUUCUUCACUUCUGCCCGUUACAGUUACAAAUUCUAAUUCUUAUUCUAAUUCAAUUUCUAAACUGAAAAGUACUCAUAGUUUACCAUCCCAAAUGCCUUUAAAGAGUGAACGUAACGUUUAUUCAUACUCACAUGAAAGUCCUGCCAAAUUAAGCUUAAAAGCUUUAACGAAAACUAAUAACAAAGAGCACCAAAGAAUACAUGUAGCCCACCGGCUGCAACACAAAGAAGUUAAGACGCAUAGGGAAACCAACAAUUACAACAAACAAAAGCAUUAUAGGGAAAUACAAAAACAAAAACACAACAAAAGCUUUAAUAAAAAGAACUCACAAAAUAAACGAUCUCGUCGUGAGACCGAAGAAGAAAUCCAUAGUAUACAACCAAACAAUGAGAGUACAAAAGCUUUUGCUAAUCAAGAGCUAACCACCUUACCGAUAGUGCUGACAGAAAGCUCUGCAGUAACUGCUAUGAGAGAAGAAUCUUCUGCUCUCUAUCUUAAUGAGUCUUUAGUAAAGCACUCUCUAACAGCUGUUAAAACUAAACGUUCUCAUUCGAAUGUUAGAGUGCCUGUAGAGGUUCUAAAUAAACCCAAAGAAUCUAUGGUUAUUAUCGAUGAUGGUGAGGAGUUUGAGGGUGCAGCGGAACAACAAAGAGAAUAUGCUUCGAUGGGUGUUAUAGGACAAGACGAUAAAAGUGAAGAUUAUUCACACAAUGAAGAGCCUAGAGUUUUACCUUUAAGACCGGUUUUACCUAAUCCCUAUGAAGAUGAGGAAAUGUCUGUGGUGUAUGCGGAACAGCACUCCGAGAUUCGUUUAAUGUGUGAGGUGGAUUUGGAUAUUGCCUCGAGUAUGUGGUAUAAAAAUGGACAGGUUGUCCAUGCCAUGGAUCGCACCACCAGGGUAACGGAUUAUCGUUUUAUUAAAGAGGCUAAUGGUGCUUUAACCAUCACUAAUGUUAUGCUGGAGGAUGAUGGCAAAUGGCAAUGUGAAGCGGAAAAUACCAGACAUUAUACGGAAAAUGCACGUCCCGUCAAAUUGGUGGUUUUAGAUCGUCCAAAACCUCCCUAUUUGUUAAUAGAUGGUAGACGUUUAGAUGCGGGUAAUAUUUUUGUACCGGUGAAGGAAAAUUCGGAACUAAAUUUGGCUUGCAUAAGUGAAGGUGGUAAUCCUAAGCCUACCUUAACAUGGGAGGUUCUACUGAGUCCUGGCGUAGAUCGUCAUGCUCAAAAGGUUUCGGCUGAGGUUUUAGAACUGGAGGAGAUUAAAAGUGAAAAGAUGUUUGUAUAUUCUAUUUUAUUUCUAGAUACUCCUUCAUUUGCAAUUUCACGUACACCAGGCUUUGGUUAUCCUUUGCGUGAAGGAAUAGAGGUUUCAUUAAAAUGUGAUGUGGAUUCAAACCCUCCCAGUACACCGCGUUGGCAGAAGGAUGACGGUGAACCACCGGCGUUUUGUAUUGUUUUCUAUUUAAAUAUACAUACGAAUGAUUCGGUAGAUGUUACGUCCGAACCCGAUGAUCAGGAUAUUUCUGUAGCAGCAGCUGCCUCUCACAAUCCCAAUAAAGGUCAACUCGAAGUACAGUUAGGCGGCGCUGUAACGCUGCAAUGUCCUCAAGGUUCCUUGGGAUGUUGGUCUCAUUUAGAUCCUGUUACUGCUCGUUUACGUGGUCUGGGUCAUGGUUUGUCUACACCUACAGGGCAAUUUUCUCUUAAAGAUGUUGUCUAUCAAGAUGCUGGCACUUAUAAAUGUAUUGGCCAAUCACCCAUAAAUAAAAAGAAAUUAGAAGUUUUACAAACUGUAGGCGUUACGGUUAAAGGUGAGUAGUAUUGGAAAAUCUCU